UAUCUUGCCUUACUAACAUUUUACAUUUUUAAUAAUACAUUAAUCUUUAGCGGGAAUUUUUUAUUUUGCCCAUAAAUUUUAUCGAAUAUCUAUUAUUUCAUAAUGACUUCCAUCAAGAAACACAGAAGGAAGAAUCUACAGUACAGUGAUCCAGGAAAAAUAUUGGAAUUGGUGAUGAAUUUAAAUGACGACAGCACUUCUCAGUUGCAAAUAAAAAUCAAUACUUAUUUAAAAGAGGAAUGCGAAGCAGAGACCGUGUUUUUAAUAAUCGUGCACGAUGAAGAGGCCUGGAUUGAAAGUAUUGGUUACGCAACUUUGUCGCGAAGACAAAGGAUUUGUCUAACACAAAAACUGUAUGAUGUUUUGCAAAACGGGGAACAGUAUGAUUUAUUGGCGAACUUCGGGGCUGAUUUCCAAGAUAUCGUAUCUCCUUACGUCUCGAAGGAUAUCAAAAAGCGUAUACUGAUGUUGUCUAUAGGUGAUAAACCAUUGUCUGUAAUAGUUUGCGUAGUGGCGCCAAAACUUCUUGAAGAGAACGCCGUCCAUCUUCUAAGUGAAUGUUUCUUGUUUGCAUGGCCAGUGCUCAAGAAAGCCAUUCAGCUAGACUACGAGUGUGCGUUGAAACAGAAGUGUCAACAGUUACUGAGAGUUGCACGGAGACUGUUCACCCAGGUAGCAUCUCUGGAUACCUUGCUACAAAUAGCGAUGGAGCAAGCUAAGUUGUUGACGCGGGCGGAGUACUGCUCGGUCAUGCUGGUAGACAUGGAUCGCAUGGAGCUUGUCAAGAACACAAGCCGAACACAAACUGAUGACUCGGUGACAGAGAAUCGAUUCCCCAUGAACAAGGGCAUUGCCGGCCAAGUGAUCAAGAGCGGUAAUUUGAUCAACUGUAAAAACGCCAAAGAGCACCCUGCUUACGAUCCUACCAUCGAUUCGGUUCCUGGUGUAGAUUGCAAGGCGAUCCUAUCUUUUCCGAUCCGAGAGCAAACUGGUAUCCUAGGCGUGGGACAGUUAAUAAACAAGAUAGGGGACCCGUACUUCGAUGCGAUGGACGAAGAGAUGGCUCUAGCCUUCAGCAUAUACUGCGGCGUGUGCAUCAUGCAUUCGGUUAUCUACCAGAAGAUACAAGAGGCACACGUCAGAAAUGCUCUGGCUAAUGAGUUGGUUAUGUACCAUAUGAAGGUAACGGAUUCGGAGAUAGCCCGCGUGUUGGAGUGCAAGGCUCCCCACAACCACCCUCACCUCACCAGCUUGCACUUCAGCAUACGAGCGCUGCCGCUGAGAGAGCUGCCGUGUUACACCUACAGGAUGUUCUGCGAUUUGGGAUUCGAUAAAAAAUUCAACAUAAAGCCACAUAAGCUUGUGCAGUUUAUUCUAUACGUCAAGAACUUUGAUGUAUCUAAUAGCAGCGCUAGUUCACGACAUGGAUCACCGUGGUACCACUAAUAGCUUUCAAAUACAAGGACAAACGACCCUCGCCGCUCUGUAUUCGAGCGAAGGCAGCGUGAUGGAGCGCCACCACCUGGCGCAGGCGAUGUGUGUGCUCAAUACUGAAGGCUGCGACAUCCUGGAGUCUCUGCCGCGACGAGACUACGACAGGGCCCUCAUGUUGCUGCGGGACUACAUCCUGGCCACGGACCUGGCUAAUUAUUUCAAGAAUCUGAACGAGUACAAAGUGAUUUCGUUCGACUUCCAAAAAGGCAACCGCGUGCACAUCAGCGCUCUGCACAGUCUGCUGAUGAACGCCGCCGACCUCAGCGACCAGCUCAAAGACUGGGGCAACGUCAAGAAGACUGCUGCAGCAGUUCUGACAGAGUUCUUCAAGCAAGGAGAUGAGGAGAAGAAUCGUGGAGACCUGCCCGUCCUCAUCAUGGACCGGGAGAAGUGCUUCAUCCCCGACCUGGAGGUGCAGUUCCUCAGUACGACCUGCGUGCCGCUGUUUAACAUUUUAGGUCGUAUCCUGCCUAAAGCUCAGCCAUGCGAGAAAAUUAUAGAAAACCAUCUCGAGCGAUGGGAUGCUGCUAAACCGAUUUUUGCAGAGGUACCCAUAGCAGCAGGUUUAUCUGUCCUAGUCAGUCCAGAACUAGAUGAUUUGAUUGAACAGCAAUUGAAGGAAAAAGAGAGACAGCGAUUGGAGGAAAUGACCGACGAAAUCGCUAACUGAAGCGAAAAUUGAUAUAACUAACGAAAUUUUCAUGUAUUAAAAUUUCGGUGUCGUUGACAUUAGCUAGUCUUUGAAUUAUUGUAGAGACCAUGGGGAUUUUUUUCUCUGUGGCCCCAGAGCAAAAGUCCCCAUGGUUUCUGCAG